GUGAAGACACCUGUCAUGCUGGGAGGACAGGGCUCACGGGCUGGCGUCCCGCUCCUGCUGUGUGACCUUGGGCAAAUGCCGACCCCUCUCUGCACCUCAGUUUACCCCCUUUGGAAGGGCAUGGCUUCCAUCAUUUCUGAGCCCAUGCCCAGCUCUGAUAUGGUGUUAGGUCCCCAUAGGAGGGGGAGUCCCAAGGUAGUCCCUCAGCCCCCAGAGUCCCACCUCCUUGCCUGUGACAGCUGAGGCCACCGCUGAGACUGCAAUCCUUGCCACCCCGGACACUCACCAGGACUGGUCUGCCUCCUCCUUCCAACUGCCUCGUCAGGGGAACUAGGGAACCAGGCAAAGUUGAGUCAGUAUAGGGACCUACCGUUUGCAGAGCUCCCUCACAUUCAAGAUCUCCCUGGACCCUCAUGACACCCCUGGGAAGUAAAGUGCACCCCUACGCUCCCGGUCAGCCUGAUCCUGGACAAGUCUGGCACGUGAGCAUUUCGUCUUCAGGGCCCCCUCCCCACCCUUACUCCCACCCAGGCUGUCCCUUGCUCUCCAACCCUGCAGAGGGAUGCAUUUUGCCCAUUGUUUAGGAAGUUUCUGUCAUGUGCCCCAUCCUGUGCUAGGUCCUGGAGACACAGAUGAUUUAGACAUAUUCCUACCUUCAGAAAAUAAGAAUAAGGGAGGUAUGAUAGAGCUAUGGGGGGUGGAGGAGGUCCUGGAGGAGGUGACAUUGGAGCCAGGUAGUGAAGGAUGAGUAAGAAUUGGCCAGGUAGAAAGGAACAGGAAGGGUAUCCCAUGCCAAGAGAAGAGCAUGUGCAAAGACCUGGAAGUGGGAAAUGGAGUGAUGGGUGUUUUGGAGGGAAGAGAAAAUAUAAAUCCUUGAUGUGAUGAGUUUCGACUUUGUUCUGGGGCAGCAGCAGAGCUGCCGCUUGGCAAAUCUAGGCAGCAGCCCCCACCCCCACCUUUCAGCCAUCACAGGUAUGGCUAAGGGCUUCCCAAACGCAGCAGCUUUUGCCAGAGGCCACCCCAUCUUCUGUUUCUCCCCUCUAAGCCCAGACCCAACCUCUGCGCCCAUAUCCACAGCCAGACGCAGCACAGCCUCCCCCUGCUGUCCGGAGCUGGAAGUAGGAGAAGCCCAGGCUGCGCUGUGGCUGUGAUGUGAGUCCAGAAGGGCCAGGCUCCUGUACCCACCCAUCAUGAAGGUACCCUGUGAAGACCCCAGACUUUGGUAUCAGGCAGAUCCAGUAUCAAUUCCAGCCUCAGUGUCCUCCUCGGUACAAUGGGAAUAAAAAUACGUUGCCAGUAACGUGACUGGCAAAGAAUCCACGAGGGACGAUGGUCAGGAAUGGCUCAGCACACAGCGGGCAUGCAGCAAAUGGCCUUUUUUUCCCCGUGUCUUGAAAAAGAAAAGAAGAAAAUGUCUUUUCUUCCACAAAGCUUGGCUUUGUGGCCCAUCCCAAAGUCCCUGUUGUCUCCCCUCUCCCUCUUUCCCUGGCCAUUUUCCUUCUACCUCCCUACCAGACUUCCUGGGGGUCUCAAGGGAGAUGAGCUCGUGGCUGUUGCCUGCUCUGGCUCAGCACGCCUCCUGAGGAGUCUUCCCAGGGCCUCCAGAUCUCCCGCUUACUUCUGCUGUCUUGGGAGCCACACAGCCUUUGGGUCCGUGCUUGGGAAUUUAUGCCCAGCUAUGAGGUGCAAACUCAAAUAGGUGGCACACUUUCUCUGAGCCUUAACUCCUUCCGUAAGUAUGGGAGCAAGCAGGUAUGCACCACGGGGAUGACGAACCUAAGUCUAUGUCAUUUAUUUUCCCCAGCAAGUCCAAGCCUAGGCCCUCUAUCCAGGAGUUCUGCACAAAGGCAGUCAUGUGCAGAGGCUGCUCUGGGAUCCCCUUGUGUCCUGCCCUUGUGCCGGUGGCCAGAGGCUGUUGCCACCUCUUCCUUCCAGCAGGCUUUACAGAGAGGUGUGGCAUGAAUAAUGACCAGGCCCACUCUACGGCCAGAGCAGUAGUAGCUGGGGGCCUGGGGCAGGGACCAGGAACAAGACUAGUUGGGCAGCUAGCUCCAGGAGGUAGCUCCUCUACCAGGGGCUGGUGGCUGGCUGCUUCCCACCACAGAGGCUGGGUCAGUUCCCCCACAAAUGCCUGCCCAGGGCCGCUCUGCUCUUUCCGGCCAUCUUCAUGGGCCAGUCAUGGAGAACUUUGGCAGUGUUCCAGAUCUAAUCAUCACACCAGGUCCAGCCGAGACUGAGAGUGGCCCACGUGGAAUUCGAGGAGGCAGUGGGCAUUUCCCACCCACUUCCUCUGAAACCCCCUGGUUUCCUAAGCCAGGCUGAAAAGUAGGUCACCAAGGGUUCAGAGAAAUGCCCUACCCAGCUGGGCUGUCUCCUUGCCGUCUCUAAACACAUCCAAUCUCCCCACCUCCACAUCUUUCCCCACCUGUCCCCAUCAACUUUUGGUUUCCACAUGUCUCAAGUCCUUCCAUCCCUAAGCAGCUGGCGUCAACCACCCCCUCCCCACCCCGAUCUCUCUCCUCCUCCCUCCUUCUCUUUACUCUUGGCAGAGUGUGGCCAGGAGAUUUUCAUUCAUUGGCUCACCCUCACGCUAAUCUUGGUGUUAUCAUUCCCAUUUCAGAGAAGAAAAAAGCAAGGCUCAGGGAGAGGUUCCAGGAUUUGAACUGAGAGCUAACAUUCUUUAUUCUUUCCAUGAACAUGCGUUGUGGGCCUACUUCAUGCCACACACUGUGCCAGGCAUGGGGAAUACAUGGUGGAGACCUCAGAGUCCAGAUGAGACAGGAAGAAACCAAACCACCAUGCAAACAAAUGUAAAAUGACAACUGGGACAAGUGCUGUGACAAGGUCUGUGGGGACCUGGUCUAGUCUGGACUAGGGAGUCAGGAGAGGCUUCUUGCAGGAUGCAACAUUCAACGUAGCACCAGAGGUGGAGUAGACAAUGACCCAGAGAAGUGGGGACUCCAGAGAGAGGGAAUAACGUGUUGAAAGUCCCCAUGGUGAGAAGAAAGAGAGAAAAGUCAUGUGGCCAGAGCAUGAGGAGAGAGGAUUAGAGAUGGGGGUGCAGGUGGCAUGGGUCAGGACAAUAGGUUCUAGUGGGACCAGCAAGGAGUUGGGGUUUUAGCCUAGAGGCUCUGGGCUGGCCCUGGAGGUUCAAAGCAGAGGACAGUGCUGCCACUGUUCCUCCAACUAUCACCUCCCAGCCCACCGCUCUGCACCCAGGGACCACUUCCACCCUCUUCUCUGAUGCCCAGGACCUGGCACAAGGUGAGACAUCCUGGGGAGUCAGACUGGGCAGCUGAGUGGGCAGCCUCAUGACGGAGCAGGAGGCCUUGGCCCCGCCUCUCGUCAGAUGCUAGCUGGAUGCCUCCGGGCAGCACUUGCCCCUCCGUGUCCCCCAGAACUAUAAAGAAUGGACUGAUCGUCUUCUGCCAUCUCUGGUUGAUCCUCGUCCAUAGCCUGUAAUGAGGGAAUGGAGAAGAUACAGCAUGACUCCACCCAGGCCAGAUUCCAGGGCCUUGGCCCUGCAGUGGGCAGAGGGGCUGCCUGAGGCCUGCUGCUGGCCUAUGCCUUCCCAUCCCUCCUCCACCCCUGAGCCUGCCUCCCCUGGCCUUUCCCAAGGAGGGCACUCCGGGAAGCUUUCCUCGUCUCCCCACUCCAGACCUCACCUGCACCCUCACCCAUGUCUCCACCAUCAGCCUGGCAACUGCAUCAGAUGCUCGGGAGUCCCUGUUGGCCUGUCAGUGCUCAGCUGGACUGUUGGGCCUCUGGUUUUCCAGCUGUGGAAGAGUGUCAUUCUCUACUCUUCCUGUCUCCCUGGACAGGAGAGGACGGUGGGAACUGGAAUUCUUGUCAUAACCAUCAGCUACUCUGCCGGAGUGCUCCUUCCUGUCAAGCAUCCUCUUGAGACCCUGAAGUCAGCACCACCGUGGGCCACAGACACACCAGCUGACCCCAUAAAACAUUCCCUGAAAAGUUGUAGCCAGCUGCAUCCCCCGGGUAGGACUGUAUUGCCGUUGUGGGCACCAGUGAGCAGAGACAAGAUUAUAGAGCCCAUUAACAGCUGGAAAACUGAGGCUCCAGACAGAAGGGGCUGGCCCAGGCCACCACAGCAAGCCCUCCUACCUCACCCCAUCCUUGACUGCCUGGGUGGGUCCAGGGGAGCAGGACUGUGUGCGGUGCCAUCUCCCAUCCCCCACUGCGUUCCCUCACAGGUUCAGAAAGCAGCUGCUCCCUCCCAGGUGACACUGCACCCUGCCAUCUCUGUGAGGGGCCUCUUCUUUUGUGUGAGUUGCAGUUUCUGCUUGGGAGGCUGCCUUACCUUGUUAAGGGCCCUGCCUAAAGAGGUGGGGAUGGCCCUGAAGGUGCUGUCCCCAGGUCAGCACAGGGCCUUGAGCUCAUGGAGCAGGGGCCAGGCCAGCUUGUUGAGAGGGCCCAGGUCAAUCCACAGCCUGCCACAUCAGCUUUUUUUAUACUGAUCAUGCCUACCUGAAACGUGGGGAGUGCUUUGCUGUCCACAAGUCUAAUUGUACGUGUCUUCUCAGGGAAGGCGCCCUACAGCCCAGGGAAGCAGGAACAGGGAUUAUCCGCAUUGUACAGAUAAAUAAACCAAGGUGCAAGGUUAUGGCCAUCUGGACGCUGGAUCCCUGCAGUCCAGCACAGUCACACAACAGGGCCUCAGGAAAGGGUGGUGCUGGAGGCAGCAGGGCAGCAGGAGCUGUGGGUGUCAGGGUUCUGGGCAGAGAGUGGACCUUGCCUGUUACUGAGAGAUAGAGA